AUGGCACAUGUUCUCGGUCCUUGCAUGAAAGAAUUGGUAGCGAGCAUUCACUCUCAAGUCAACACAAUUACCAAGUUCCCUGACUCGCAUUCCUCCCUCAUCCUUCCUUCAGAUCCGAUGCACCUGGAAAAGUACGGCGUCUCCGUCCUCGGUAUCCUUAACCAUUACGAUGUCUGGAAUGCUGUUCCCGUUGACGAAAAUGGCCUUCCCCGCAAUUGCAUUCACCGCGUCCUCCGGCACGCGAUGACCCAGCGCACCUUCUGCGAGCCUGCCCACGGCUGCGCCGCGCACACAGCCAACAGCGCCGCAGUUGUCAAGGAUAGCUCGUUAUCAGCUUGUAUAGGGCACAAUAUUGACGAAGUUGGACGGGCUUUAAGCUGGCAGGUCAAAGCGUUAGACAUAUGGGGUGACACGGAAGAUCCGAACAGGUCGGCUCUUUGUCUUGCGACCGAAUUGGCAGAGGGGGGUACAAUCUUCAAAUUUCUGCAGAAUGAUGGUGAGGGUGUGGAGAAAGGGUGGAGAGCGAAACAAUCCUGUCUGGCGAUGACCGCGAUGACCACGAUGAGUAAAACAACCGCAUUCUCGCACGCAUCUGCGCACCGGAUUCGAUUGGGCCUCUCUGGGCGAAGCCACGCUGGUCGAUGUGUGCAUUUCCUACAAUUUCUGAGUGCCAACAUGCGGACUGUAAAACUAACCAAUUUGCAGAUAGGGGGUUCCGCAGGCCACAACGAUAUCGAACUCGCACUGCACUAUCCCAGCAUCAAAUUCAUCAUCCAAGACCGCGUCGAGGUUGUCGCCUCCUUCGAAGGUUCCUUGCACUCCGAUCUCAACAGUCGCAUCAGCUUCCAAAUGUACGACUUCAUGACCCUACAACCCAUCAAAGGUGCCGACGUAUACUUCCUGAAGCACAUCUUACAUGGAUGGCCGGACCUCGUGUCAGUCAAGAUUCUGCAAAAUAUAGUUCCAGCCAUGACAACGUUCGAGGAUAAUGAGGGUAGUAGACUGCUGAUUAUGGAGAGCGUAAUGCCAGAGAUGGGCGAGAUGACGGCUGCGUUGAGUGCGAAGGAGCUCACAAGAGCUGAUUUGGAGGCACUAUUAAGAACCCCAGAUCAGAAGCUUCGUAUUGUCAAUGUCAGACAGCCUACAGGCUGUGCGGAUGCAGUUAUCGAGGUUGUCUUGGAUCCGCACCUAUAA